AUGGCUAUCAGCGCCUCAGAUAUCCUCAGCCGUUUCUCCGAACUCGGGCGCGCUCUGCGCGUGAUCGCCUGCGUUCGGCGGUUCACCCAGCGGGUUAAAGGGCAGUCAACCCAGGUCUCCGAGGAGCUAAACGGAAAAGAGGUCGCUGCCGCUCUCCAAGCUGUCACCGUAACAACCCAACGCUUCAAUUAUGCGGAGGAACAUCGGUGCCUCAUAAACAAGCAGCCACUCCCGGCCACGAGUUCUCUCCAGAAUCUUAAUACGUUCCUUGACCAGAUCGGAAUCAUACGAGCAUGUGGCCGAGUCCAAGCCUCGGCGUCCAUGUCCUACAACGAACUGCAUCCGAUCCUGCUGCCUCCCGCAUGUCUCUUGGCUCGAUUCACCCACCACAUAGCCCUACAUGGUGGGAACCAGCUGGUCAUCCGCCUUAUUCGGGCAACAUACUGGAUCCCUCGACUACGUCACGUAGUCAGGGCUGUGAUCCACCACUGUAAGGUUUGCGUCAUCCAUCGCAAGCGACUCCAAACCCAACUAAUGGGCGACCUUCCUGCCUCAAGUGUCACAUUCUCCAGGCCGCUCACAUACACCAGAGUCGACUUCGCCGGUCCCUUCGAUGUCAAAAGCUUCGCAGGGCGCUCAUGUCGCAUCUCUGGCUGUGGACCUUCUCGAGGCCAUUCGCACUCGGACCUCUGCGGUGUACAGCAGGGGUUGUCGUGGCGGUUAAUCCCUCCAGUAGCCCUACAUAUGGGGGUCUUGUGGGAAGCGGGGGUGGGAAGCGGGGGAAGCAAGGCUCUGUUCCAAUGUUCGAUGUGCCCAGGCCACUUCCUGAUUGGUGGGCCGCUUCUCUCCGUGUCGGAACACGAAAUAAAAGCGAGCGCCUCCUCCAUCCUAAGCCGCUGGCAACAUCUCAAGGCCCUCAACCGAAAAGCAUGCACCAUGCGCCCGAUCAUUUCUGCCAGCAAACUCAAACUCAAAACCUCAAACUCAAACGUACAACCCGAAAGCUCUGAGCUGAGCAGCGGCCUGCGCGCCCGACUAGAGUAA